UCUGCGGCAUCCCGUGACGUCACGUGGGCGUGGCCCUGGCGCGAAGGGCGGGACCACAGGCAAGAGCCGGACCGUUAUGCCACUCACGCCCGCAGAAGUGCUAACGGGACAGCGGUGCGAGCCAAUCGCCGCCAGUGCUCCGGAGGCCGGGAGACUGGGGUGGAGACUUCGGAGGCCGCAGUUGCAGUUCUAAGAACAAAUGGAAUUUGCUAUGGAUAAUUCAUACGAUUUCAACGAACGAAGCUCUUGUAAUGGAAUUUCAUCAGAGAAGAAAAGCAACUUCCUCGUGUCCGAAGAUCACGGACAGAAAAUCUUAAGUGUGCUGCAGAAUUUUAGAGAACAAAAUGUCUUUUAUGAUUUCAAAAUAAUCAUAAAAGAUGAAAUAAUCCCAUGUCAUCGUUGUGUGGUGGCAGCUUGCAGUGAUUUUUUCAGGGCUAUGUUUGAAGUGAACAUGAAAGAAAGAGAUGAUGGAAGUGUUACCAUUACUAAUUUGUCUUCCAAAGCAGUAAAAGCUUUUCUUGAUUAUGCCUAUACUGGAAAGACCAAAAUAACAGAUGAUAAUGUGGAAAUGUUCUUCCAGUUGUCCUCAUUUCUCCAAGUUUCCUUCCUAUCCAAAGCCUGCAGUGAUUUUUUAAUAAAAAGCAUCAGUCUCGUCAACUGUUUACAUUGGCUAUCUCUUUCAGACAGCUACGGCUGCGCCCGUUUGUUUGAGCACGCGCUCUACUUCGUACAGCGUCACUUUUCUUUAUUAUUUAAGUCUAGUGAUUUCUUAGAGAUCAAUUUUGGGGUAUUACAGAAAUGUCUGGAAUCAGAUGAACUGAAUGUUCCUGCAGAAGAGACGGUGCUGAAGGUCGUCUUUAGCUGGACUAAACAUAACUUAGAAUCAAGGCAGAAGUAUUUGCCGCGUCUGCUUACAAAAGUAAGGCUGCAUCAGUUAUCGGAAGAGACGCUUCAAGCCUGUCUGCUGAAUGAAGAGUGUUUACUUAAAAGCACAAAUUGUUUUGACAUAAUCAUGGAUGCAAUGAAGUGUGUUCAGGGUUCUAGUGGGCUUUUCCCGGACGCUCGUCCAUCCACAACUGAAAAAUACAUAUUCAUCCACAAAACCGAGGAAAAUGGAGAAAACCAGUAUACGUUUUGCUAUAAUAUUAAAACUGAUUCAUGGAAAAUACUGCCACAGUUACAGCUGAUUGAUUUGCCAGGGUCUAGUUUGUCUACUUACGGAGAAAAGAUAUUCCUGACAGGCGGUUGCAAAGGGAAGUGUGGUAGAAAGGUUCGGCUUCACAUUGCUGAGACGUACCAUGACGCCACUGAUCAAACCUGGUGCUACUGUCCAGUCAAAAAUGACUUCUUCUUGGUAUCCACUAUGAAAACACCAAGAACAAUGCAUACAUCAGUUAUGGCUCUCAAUAAAUUGUUUGUCAUAGGUGGAAAGACUAGAGGAUCUCAGGACAUUAAAAGUCUCUUAGAUGUUGAAUCUUAUAACCCUCUUUCCAAAGAAUGGGUAUCGGUUAGCCCUCUACCUAGGGGCAUAUAUUAUCCGGAAGCAAGUGCAUGCCAAAGUGUAAUUUAUGUCCUUGGGUCAGAAGUGGAGAUUACAGACGCCUUUAACCCAUCUCUUGAUUGCUUCUUUAAAUAUAAUGCUAUAACCGAUCAGUGGUCUGAACUAGUGGCAGAGUUUGGGCAGUUUUUUCAUGCCACACUAAUUAAAGCUGUCCCUGUAAACUGUACGCUGUAUAUAUGUGACCUUUCUACUUAUAAGGUAUAUAGUUUUUGUCCAGAUACUUGUGUUUGGAAGGGGGAAGGAUCUUUUGAAUGCGCAGGCUUUAAUGCAGGUGCGAUUGGAAUUGAGGAUAAGAUUUACAUCUUAGGGGGUGACUAUGCGCCUGAUGAAAUCACAGAUGAAGUGCAGGUCUACCACAGCAGCAGGUCAGAGUGGGAGGAAGUGUCUCCCAUGCCCAGAGCCUUAACUGAAUUUUACUGCCAGGUUAUCCAGUUCAAUAAGUACAGGGACCCAUGGUUUUCUAAUCAUUUCUAAAAGUAGUAUAUGCUUGGAGAUUCUAGAACUACUUAAGUCCCUGUAACCUGCAAUAAAUGUGUUUACCAUGAAGAUUGAUAAAAAGGUCUUUCUAGCUUAACUAAAUAAAAUGUUCCUGCUGUUACAGAAUUACUAUGUAUGUAUGCUGUGGAUAAUAGUUCCCAGAAACUUAAAAUAUAAAAUACAUUUUACCUAAAUUUAUAUUGAACAUAAUCUUGGAAAAUUCAGAAUACUUAGUAUUUUGUCUAUGUUAAAAGUCCUUUAUGAAAAACAAAAAAAAAUCGAAGUUCACAGUUUUGGACUAUAUACAGGGACAUCUCCAAGGCACUAAAAAUGAAUUAUACUGUAUUAUGUGACAUGAAAGAAGGUAUUGAUCUUACCUUGACACUAAAGUUGUAAAAAUUAUUGAAUCCCCAACCUUUGAAUCAUUGGUCAGCUUCUUUUAAAUUCUUAGCAUUUAUCUUUUACCAUUGUUUUGGUCAGAAUUUUUGAAAAAUGGAGUCUGUUUCUCCACUUGUCUAAAUAAUGCACUGAACAGUUUAUCUUUUUUUAUGCUUUAACUCUUCCCUGAGAGUGUACCGUACAGUAUUACACCAUUGGUAGUUAAAUCUUCAAAAAUUGCUUGUGCUAUUAGCUUUCAAUGUCACUUGGUGUCACUGUUCAGUAAUACCAUAUCCUUAUUUUUUGGUCUUUUUAGUAAAUUAACAUUGUCCACGUACUUUGUAGCUUUAAAUUACACCUCUCUGAGUUUCUUUCAACGUAUAGCCUAUUGAAUAAUAGUCUUGGAUUUGGAGAUGGAGUUUUAAAAUACUUUUCCUGCGUCAGUGCCAGGUUCCAGUAAAAUUGACGGUCUAGACAUUCGGGUCACAUAAAUGGUCAUUUCCUAAGCUUUACCGAAUCUGAGCUACAAUAUGAAAUUUCCAGAUUUAAUUUGUAUCAUGUCACUUUUCUUUGAUAGUAUAUGCCAACUGUAAGGCACUCUGUGGCUUUACUACUUCAGUAAAUUAUUCAUAGUGAAUUAUUUUCUAAAUUUAAGGUGUGACCUGUCUUUUGGUAUCGGUAGUGUGCACAACCUACAUCCGCUGAGAUGUUUGGUCAUCACCCCCUAUGAUGAAGAGAAGCAGCCAUCCUUGUUUUCACCCAAAUCUGCCUCACAAAAGGCUGUGUUUCUUUAAACAGUUUGAAAGAUGCAUUUUUGGGGUUUUAAGAUCCCUAAUUUAGAUCUCAGGUAAUGUGUAGAUUAUACUUCUCUGGAGCCAAAGGUAGUUUACUGAACUGUACAGUAAAUGUUAAAUGGAAAUAUACCUAAAUGAAGGUCUUUUUAUUUUGCCAUGUAAAUUUUUGCAAACAUAAGUUUAAAUAUAUUUUUCAAAAUUGAAAAGAUACUAAUGUUUUUUGUAGCUCCAAAAUCAGGGACUAUCUCGAAUUAGAUGACAGCUACAUAAAGAGUACUCUAUCAAAUUAGUGGCCUUCCCACAUAAGCACAUGUUUAGUGGACUGCCAUUUAUGUGUGUUUAAGAAGAGAAAAAAAAAAUUGGAGGUUUCUCUGUGUGUAUGUGUGCCUUUCGGAACAAGCUGAGAAAGACUUUGGACAGUGAAUGACCUUUCUGUGGAUUAACUGAACUGUUAGUGUAAGCAUCUGGGAAUAGGGUCUGCUUAAAAUAAAUGAUAUGAUCAUUGACUAGCAAUUGUUCCUUUCUUCCAGAAAGAAGAAACUAAAGCAAAAUCGAAUCCUUUGCUGAUAUUGUUUCAUUAUCAUGCCAUCUUGAUUUCCACCAUUGGCCAUUGACUUAUGGUAAUGUUUCUAGAAAUAUCUUUGUCAAGACCUUGAUGUCUCCAUCUGCAUUUGAUUUUCUACCUUUUCUAAUGCAGUAAACACCCAACUUAGUGAACAAGUUCCAUUCCAAGAGAACGCUAAUAAGCUGGAUUCAUUCUUAAGUCCAACACAAUGAGUCUUGCACACCUUUGAUAGGAGUAUAAAUGCAUAUUGCUGUGUGCUUCCCAGUAGUUCCCUCCACACGCUCACUGCUGUUCCUCCUGUUUCCGGACUCAGGAUGACUGAGCAUCCUGGUGGGCCCCUGUUUUACUCUGCAGUGAGCACACAGCAACCAGCUGUGACAGUGACUGGCAGACAGGUGAGCUACUUCCGAGAUCCGUUCGC